AAUUGCUACCCCAUCAUUCUCAGGUAGUAUUGGCAUGCUUGUCAUGGUUUCGUGAUGCGUUUGUGCGCAAACCGUCCGAGGCGCGGUAGCGUGGAAGCCUGACUCAGGCGCCCGCAACACUUAUGCUGGCUGGCGUGCAUGAAUAAUCACGAUGUAUCUAAAUGACCGGGUAUAUUGUUUACCUUUUUAAUUGCUCCACAGGUUUGACUCUGAUCCACGAUGUUAGCCAACAGCUUAGUGGCUCUUGCACUUGCAUUUCCUUUCGCAGUUGCGCAAAACCUGAGCGUGCCAUCUACGUGGCGUGAUCCUAGUACUUCCCUUUCAUUUUUAGACCGUGUUUCAAUUGCCCAAAACUGCGUCAAUACCCUUACUGCUGUUCUUGACACAGACACAGGCUCUUUCAGCGGACUUGGAUAUUGGCAAAAUGCGAACGUGCUUUCCGCGAUGGCUAAUCUGGACUACUUUACAAAAUCAACGACAAAUAAACAAGCGGUAAUAGGUAGUUUGAAUGCUGCAUUCAGCUUAUAUGCAGACUACGAUCAGUACGGGUAUAAUGAUGAUGCAAUGUGGUGGGCCACGGCAGCUUAUUAUGGCUACCGCGCAUAUGGCAAUCCCAAUCUUUUAAAUCACGCCAUUGCAACUUGGCAGCACGUCUCGAACUAUGUUAUCACUACAUCCGAUGCGAGCUCUGGAAAACAGCCCAAUAAGGACUUCCCCAUUGAGGGGUCCUGUGAUGGUGAAACCAUGGUGGGGGGUGUUUUUUGGCGCCCUUUGAAUGACGACGCUAGCGUGAACUCUAUCACUACUGGCCUCUAUAUAGCUCUCUCGGCCCACCUCGCGGCUACGACGAGAAAUAGCACUUACACUCAUGCUGCAAUUCUCUCUGCCAACUUCAUCAAGACCACUAACAUGAAUUCCGGGGAUCUCGUCCUUGACUCAAUCAAUGCUCAGGACUGCACGCGUUCUUCAUCGAGUUGGAUGUUUACUUACAACAGCGGCAAGUAUAUUGAAGGUUUGAGCGUCCUUGCAUUCGUCACUGGCGACACUAGCUGGACUUCACUCAUGCUGGAGGUCGUUGCCGCGGCGACAAAAGCGCCUGCAUGGGAGGGCAGUGAUGGUAUCAUUACGGAAGGCGCCGACGUCACAGAAGACAACGACGGCGUUGGAUUCAAGGCUGUACUCAUCCGCGGUUUAGCUGAGGCCUGGAGCUGCAACACUGGUAACACUGCCUUGAGGACUCUUAUCCGGAGUUAUACAGAUGUUCAGUAUAACGCGUUGCUUGACCUGGCCUCAAAUAGCAGUUCCGGCUCUACGUGGUACUCGCCGGCCUGGGAGGGUCCUGGCCCGACUUCGUUCAUCCCAUGGGGACAGCUCGCGGCUGUAGAUGUCCUAGUCUCCGCUGUGAACGUCAACAACUGAUAAACUGCAAUCAUGGAUCCUUUCACCGAGUCUUGAUAUCUGGAGCGAAAGCACCAAUCACGUUCUAUCGUAUCUGCUCACAAACAAUUGUACCAUCCAUGUGAACAUAGAGCAAGAACCGAUG